AUGGAAUUGUCCUUAGCUAAUUCAAUUGUUCUCUCCCUUGUUCUGAUCACCUUCUUCACUUGUGCAUGGAAACUACUGUGUUUGUUUUGGUUGAAGCCGAAGAAGCUAGAAAGAUGUCUGAGACGGCAAGGUCUAAAUGGAACCCCUUACAGUCUCUUGUUUCAAGACCUGAGGGACAAAAUGAGAAUGAGCAAGGAAGCUCAAUCUCGACCCAUUACUCCUUUCUCCAACGACAUCGCGCCUCGCUUGCUCCCUUUCCUUCAUCACUCCAUCAUGAAAUACGGGAAGCUUUGCUUUACAUGGUUCGGGCCAACGCCUGUAUUGAACAUAAUGGACUCAGACAUGUUGAAGGAAAUAUUUUCACGGAUCGAUGAGUUCGAAAAGCCACAUCCCAAGGGCAUUGGAGAUCUCUUAGCAUCCGGGCUCAUCAUAAUUGAGGGUGAGAAAUGGGCCAAACAUAGAAAGAUCAUCAACCCGGCUUUUCAUUAUGAGAAGUUGAAGUAUGUAGUGACUGCAUCGUGUUCAAGUUGCGAGGAGAUGAUUAGGGGAUGGAAGAAGAAAAGUUUGGCAGCCGAAGUGGACGUUUGGCCUGACCUUCAGCAUUUGACGGGUGAUGUUAUCUGUAGAGCUGCUUUCGGUGUUACAUACAACCAUGUCAAGAGCAUCGUCCCCCUUCAACAAGAACAAAUUGUCCUCCUUAACAAGAUUCGUCAGUUCGCAUUUAUUCCCGGGUGGAGCCUCUUGCCAACCAAACUGAAAAAGAGGAUGAAAGAAAUCGACUACAAAGUAAAAGGAUUGUUGGAAGACAUAGUGACCAAAAGAAAGAAAGCAAUGAAGGAAGGAGGAGUAGUUGACGAUGAUCUCUUGGGACUAAUGCUAAAAUCAAACAUGAAAGAAAUUCAGGAGUCUACGCAUCAAAAGGGUAUGAGCAUAGACGAUGUGAUUCAAGAGUGCAAAGCAUUCAACUUUGCGGGUCAAGAGACAACUUCUGUUUUGCUUACUUGGACAUUGAUUUUGUUGAGCAAGUAUGAAAACUGGCAAGACAGAGCAAGAGAGGAAGUCCUGCGAGUUUUUGGCAACAACAAACCUAAUUUCGACGGGUUGAGCCAACUAAAUACUGUAAGCAUGAUACUGAAUGAGGUACUCAGGCUGUACCCACCUGGAUUUAUGAUGAUGAGAACAGUUCACAAGACAACCAAGUUGGGAGAUAUACAAAUACCUCCGGGAGUUGUGCUUCUUGUGCCCAUGAUCCUGAUCCACCAUGAUUUGGAUAUUUGGGGCGAUGAUGCAAAAGAGUUCAAUCCGAAGAGGUUCUCCAUGGGAGUCUCAAAAGCAACCAAAAACAAGCUCUGCUAUUUCCCUUUCAGUUGGGGACCUAGAACUUGCAUUGGCCAAAACUUUGCUUUCCUUGAAGUCAAAGUUGCCCUAACCUUGAUUUUGCAGAAUUUCUCGAUGCAGCUAUCUCCUUCGUACAAGCAUGCCCCUAAUCCUUUGCUGACUCCUACUCCCUGGUACGGAGUCCCCUUGAUCUUGACUAGAAUCGGAUCGAAUUCCUAGGCUCGUAUUUAAUCAGAUCCUAUGCUCCUGUUUGCUUCGUUGCUCGCGUAAAACAGUUUGUUCAGUUUGUUAAAGAAUAAACCAAAAGUCUUGUAAAAGCAUAUGAUGCCUUCUUGACUAGAAAAGUGGUUCCUAAACUAGUGAACCGUGUUUUACGUCC